GUACACUGAUCCUGAACCAAUUUUCUACGUACGUGUCCAGUCAAAGCAAUCGAAUCGCUGCAGAGCCACCGCACUCUAGACAAUAUGAGGAAGGGUCCAUAUUCCGACGCAGUACGGGAUAUUCCAGGCUCUGAGUCGUGGCUCGUGAUCAACACAGAUGGAAGCUCCUUCCGCAAUGGUAAACCUGAUGCUAUCGCUGGCGUUGGUGUCUACUUUGGGCCCAAUGACAAAAGGAACACAGGACAGCCGUUGGGUCCUGGUAAGCAAACUAACCAACGCGCUGAACUAAUGGCUGUCAAAAUAGCCCUCGAGAAGGCGCCAAUCGAUCAGGUAGUUCUCAUCUCCAGCGACUCCAGGUACGCGAUCAAUUGCCUCACCGAUUGGCUGCCAUUAUGGAAACAGAGAAGCUGGAAGAAAGUCGAGGGAAUCUUCAAGGAGAAUACAGAGCUGAUACAGUCCAUUGUGAAGCGUAUGGAGACAAGGCAGAAGUUCAACGCAUUGACUUACUUCUGGUGGGUCAAAGGGCAUUCGGGAGAUCCAGGCAACGAGUUUGCAGACAAGCUUGCUGUCAAGGGAUCCAAAUGCGCGUGGGGCCAGAGAGACCGUCAGCAGAAAGCUGACAGAAGACGACAAGCUCGUAUAACCCGCUAUAAGACGUUCGUUGCGAUCCACCUACCCGUCGAGCGCCGAAGGAUACACUAUGUACGACGAGAGGAAGUGUCUCAAUACACACAAGGAUCUGAUUGCAUCUUCGGGGUGUUCAACAAGCACUUGGCUGCUGCCUGGUUCCGAGACCAUGGACCCCAGCGUCACGUGGAGAGACCCCAACGUCCCGCAAAGAGAGCGCGCUCGAAAACUGCAGGCAAGCCGAAAGCCGGUGUACCGAAACCAAAGGAGACAGAGCCGCAAGAGACAGAGUCGCCAAAGAUGGCUGCAAUGGCGAACCAAAAGAAAGGCACAAAGACGGUUCGAUUCGCAUUACCAAAUAUUUCUACCGAGCCUGAAAUGGCGCAUGAUGCCAUGGAAGUAUGUGCCAAAGCUUGAUCGUCUUGUGGGACACAACACAAUAAAAGAACAUCAAAUUUGGCUCGCAUAUCUAUGUUCAAAGGGAAAGAAUUGUACGAGUAGGAUCGGCGUUCUAGUCCCAAUUAAAGUGCGUCUAUUAUACCACAUCG